GUUCCUCCACUUUGCUCUCAAGUCGCUUAUCUUCUGACACUCCGAAACAGACACGAAUAGUUCUUGUACUUCUUCGGUCCAGUUCGAUCGUCGGUUCGGGUACCUUUCAUGACGGAUUAGGGUACCACCGCGACCUAGACUACGGUUCAACGGUCGUACUGGGUGAAACGUGCGUUUUGCGGGGUGCGAGUGUCAGUUGUUAGCAUGAAUAACGAGUUGGAUUAAGACGUGAGACAAAGUAACGGUUAAUGCAGAUUUGAAGGAAUGCAACGAGUGGUACUUGAGUUUAAUUGAUGGUACCGGUGAUUAAAUGGUGGUCUGGAACAGUUUUCUGCCAGUCGUGACCCGGAACUUCAUGCCGCCCAAUAAUCGUGCGAAAAAACGGAGUUCGGAUGAAGCAGAUAUGUAGACGGUACUCUCAUGUAUGAUCAGUUGUUCAUCAUUAUAACUCGUGAUAUUAAAGGCUGAGCGCACGAUGUAGUUCCACAUGUCGACACCAUCGACACCCGACCCCCAAAAGGGGGAGCUGCUGUCGAGCGAUACUAGCGAGCAUGGGCUGCUACCUCCCUGUCCAUGCCAACAGCACGAAUGUUCAGCCCCGCCUCAUACACCAAAGGCUGAUCACCAAGGACAUGCUCACCACAACAUGCGUCAUGUGCACCAAACACACUAUGCUAAGAACAUCGCUUCCUCCUGCCCGAUUCACCUACACCACCAACCUAAAGUGGGCGGUGCCUGCAGCGGCUGUUGCCACGCCCACCGGCCGCCAGAGGAGGAGCCUGUAGCAGUAGGGUCGGGGGAUGACGCCGGAGGCGCAGUCUGCAGAAAGAACGACCAUCCAGAUGAGAGGAUCGAAGUGUCGCCACUACCGCCUGCGUUGCCACCUAGGCCUCCGCCCAGGCCAAGGUACGGGAUGGGCGGUACGUUGGGGAGUGAUGCGAGUCUUAGAUGGCAGACGAGGCAUCCCAACGCAAACAGUGGAGGAAUAAGGAAAUACGUGUUCUGGUGUUGUGUGUGUGGUGGACUGUCGACAGUCUUAGGAGCCUUAUUCUUAGCCGUAUAUUUUCUACUUAGGUCCUACACAUCCACUUUAGGUUACUUUGAAACGAUCCCUACAUUUGUGCCUGCCACAAUGCUAAUCUUAACUGGAAUUUGUGUAAUGAGCUUAGCGAGAAGAAAGAACAGAUACAGUUAUUUGAUAAAGGUGUGCGGUAUAUGUUGCCUAGUGUGUGCCUUAACAUGUGUUCUAGUGACCAUUACAACGACGGUGAUCCACAUGAACCGAUUGCAAACGUUACGUGAAUGCGUCUAUACUCAAAAAACAAGGACGUGUACCUGUUACUCUGUGUUACUAGAGGCUCAUGCUACCACAGACGAUGCAAUGCGGUUCGUAUUUGAUUCAACGCCAGAUUGUGAAGUGAUUCAUGGUGCGCUGUAUUCUUGCCUAAGAGCCAUGUUUGGAUUGUCUGUGAGCGGUAUACUAGUCUGUAUAUUUUCCUGUAUGCUAGUCUACCAAUUGUUAAGUCAUGAGAAGAAAAAGAUGUACUGGGAACAGCUGGAGCUCCGGUGCCGUUCCUUCUAUCAACAGCAACAGCAGCAGUCUAGUAAUUCAAGUCAACAUGGAUCAGUCAGGGGUCCUCCCAUACCACCUGCUGCAUACUGCAGUUGCUGCGAAGAAUGCAGAUAUCCUCCCGUUCCUAUAGGACCGCAAGUUUAUCCUUGGGAUACACAUCAUGCUACUGACAGAUUCUGGGCUCCAGGGCGGAUAGGCAACUUUUAUUCGCCCAAUCCCGAAGAUGGACCGCCUCCCAAUCCAGAAGGUCACAACAGAGCCCGUUUAAGCGGAUGGAGCUGGAGAAGACUGCCGUGGAGUAGAACAAGUGUAGCACAAAAUGAUAACCAAAGGGAUAAUUCGCUGACAUAUGCCAGCGGCAUGACAAGCAGCAGUGCGGACAGCCAAUACGGCUUUAGCAGUCGUGGAGGGGGCGGAACAAACGGUCCUGGGGGCGGUGAAGGAGGUGGUCUUCAUCGCUCAGACAAUGCUGGAGGCGGAGCAUCAUCGGGUUCGUACAGCGUGCUAGAUAACAGGCCUCCUCCACCUGGACCACCAGUUGUGGGCGGAGUUUAUGUCUGGGGACCGCCUCCGCCAUAUUCAAACCCCAAUUCGCCGGCAAGGAGGAUCCUGCAUUCUCCAGGAAGGUACCAUCAUAUCCACCACCACAGCCAUGGACACGAAUCUCACUGCCAGAUGAACGAUGCUAAUCAACAGCAGCAGCAGCAACAGUUCCGGAAUUCUCGUAGACUUCGGCCUCCACCAAAAGACAAUUACGAAAAUACAACGGAACCAGAGGUCCACCAAUCUAACGAACAUAGUUCGGACACCUCGAGUUGCGCUGAUAGAGGAGUGCACACGUUACCCGCCCGCAAGGCGAAGAAAAGAAGCCAGGGCACUCAGGAAGGGGCGACAAAUAGGGUGGGAGGUGGUUUCCAGGGAGAAGAGGGAGGUAACAAGACAAACACGGGUGAAUCGGACCACGACUAUCACGAACCUGAUGUUACGACAUCAGAGGGAAAAGGACCAAGUGGAGAUGGACAGAAAUGCAGAUUUCUUCCCCGCCUGCAGGGUGUGGAAAAUGCAGCCUUCCAAAAACAAGAAACCAGUCCUCAGAAACCCGAAGCUACAGAAUCCGAAGUAUAUUUCGCAGAUGUGAGUAGCUGUUGUAACAUAUCUGUCAGAAAUGAUGGGCAGGAUUCAUCUCUAUACGAUGAAGCUGUAAUGGAUACACAACAAAAACCCAGGCUUAUGUCCUUGCAAAAGACUGAUGUGAAAGAAGUUAAUGCUACAAAAUUGCUACAAAACUUCCAGGAGAACAUUUCCUCGUCUACGGUGACGGAAGAUGAAGAUUACCUCGCUGUUCGGCUUGGAUCCAGACAGAUGUCCACAAGAUCUCGACUUCCCUUCCCUGCUCAACAAGAGGAUGCGACUGCGCAGCUUUUGCCCAAGGACGUCUCGCAGAACAGUCUGUGCAGCAGCGUCCAGACUCCUCUCACAGAAACUACUGAUGAUGCAGCCUCACCUGACGAUUGCUGCGGAUACUUCCAAGACACUCCAGCGGACCAACCGCAACCACCUCAACCGAAGCCAAGGACUUUUGCUGGAGCGUUGGAGCAUUAUUUAGCGCCCGACGCGCAAUACGAAGUCAUACCUGAACAAGAGCACUACCGCCAUCACCAACCAACCAGCAACCUAACCAACACGAUAUCUGGCAUGAACUACGAUCAGAACUACUACAAUCAGUCGAAGGCCAGCAAUUUUGGAUACUGCCCUUCAUCAAGCGGGCCCAAGAACACGCCACCCAAGACGCUCAAUCUGGUUCAGCAGACCACGCCUGCUCGGCAACGAAACAUUGGUUCCAACAUAUCGACGCUGAUACAGAACCUGGGAGGAAAUGCUGCUGGACUAUUAUAUGGGGAUGCCAAUAUUGAAGAUGAGGCACGAUAGUUCUAAUAACCUUAAUAUACACCUCUUGAUUUUCCUACCACAUUGAGAAAACGUGGACAAUUGAACAGUUUUUCUGGAGAAUUUGUAUUACACGUACAAGGACAAGGAUGCCACAGCGAUGGUACAAUGGACUCUGGUUGGCAAAGUGGGUCAGAGAAGACAGAAGUAAGGAAGCAAGAUAGUACUGAAUCUCAUACUCCAGUGAAUGUGUGAUCUUUUAAUGUGUAUUAAAAUAUAACACUUUAUCUCAAUCUGCAUGCAUCGUGUCCUUAGACAUAUGAAUAAUCAAAAAGUCUAGGCGUUUAAAAGAUUUUUGACACAGCCAACUAGGUUAUUGUUAUUCUCUAAGAUCCUAAUUAGGACCGACCUUCACCCAUCUGUUUAAUGGAUGAAAAGUAUUUUAUAUCAAAGUUAGUAUGUAAGAAAAUAUGGUGCGAGUGGGUUGGCUAAAAAAUUCCUCCCGAGACUGUGAUUAAUUAAAAAUUGAAAAAUCACUUCUAAUUAAAAGAUGCACUAAAAGUUUAACAAAUAAUUUUAAUACCAACCGAAAGAAUGAAGCCUAUAGAACAUGAAAAUUAAUCAAAUCCGCUCAAAUAACUGGUAUCAACAUAUUUGUUUAUACCUACCAACCCCAUAGUUGAGCCAGGAAAAAAAUAGACAUCCUAACAUUUGCAUAUUCUAUAGACUUUAUACUUUGGGUUGGUAUUAAAUUUAAUCGUUAAAUUUCUUAGUGCAAAUUUAAUAAAAAAUCAUUGUUUUUUUUAAAUACUAACGAUGUAAAAUUCCUUUCAUCCAUUAAACGGACUCAAAAAAUCGUCAUAAUUUUAUGAAAAUGCUGUCAAGAUGCUAUGCAUGCAACACGAUUUGAGAUUAUACUGAAAUAUAAAUGGUACGUUACCUUUUAUUCCAAGAUGUUCCAAUUGCUACAACGUUUUGACUAAACGGUCAAAAUUCUUUUAGUUCAAUGUUUGUCGAACAUUUUUUUCAUGUCAAAUACUUACAUCCUUUUUUGGACGAUUUUAUAAACCCUUAAACAUUUGUUUUGUUUUUGUUCCCUUAUUUGCUUAUAGGCAGUUGCAAGUGUCACUUGACAGUUCUAAUCGAAAUCGAGAUUUUUAUUUCGCAUCUGCCGGUAGAAUAUACAGUGUCCAGUUUGCUAAUAAUGGUUAGACAUUAUUUUUGAGCUUUGAUAACUAAUCCAUAAAGACCCUAUAGCCUUCCUAUUACUCAAUUAACCAAAUCUACGGAACAUUCGAAUAUUUGAAUCAACUAUAAUUAAUAAAUUAUACUUUUAUAGACGUUUUGCAAGCUCAGAAGGUUCACUUUAUAUUUCAGUAUAACGCGAUAUAUUUUUAUAUACACAUAUGUAAUCUCUGUACAUAUUAAUUUAAGUUAUACUAGACUGGAUGUGGAAUGCUUUAAAGUGACGCGAGGACUACAGUUAUAGUGUGUUGUUCGCUAAUAGAACAAAAUCGUGAUCGUAAUAUUAUUAAAUUUUAGACUAUAUUAUUAUGAAAGUAUGUAACAGAAAAAGGAUAUUUAUAUACCUACUUUGAACGUUGAAUCCAAAAAUUUUGUAUUCUUGUUAGUAUGUUUUUUUUUAAUAAAAUUAUUAAGUUAUA